AUGCCACAGAACGAAUAUAUAGAGCGUCAUAUCGCCCUUCAUGGGCGGCGUUUCGACCAUGAAACGAGAAUGCGAAAGAAAACGGCGAGAGCCGCGCAUACUUUGAGCAAGAAGAUGCAAAAGAUGCGCGGUUUGAAGGCCAAGAUAUUCAGGAAGCGUCGCUAUGCAGAGAAGAUCGAGAUGAAGAAACAGAUCAAGAACAAUGAGGAGAAGGAGUCGAAGGAGGAGGUGGUAGCGCCUGGAGAUGGUGCUAUUCCUGCUUACUUAUUGGAGAGGGGUGAAGUUAAUCGCACAAAGAUCUUAUCAAACAUGAUAAAACAAAAACGCAAAGAAAAGGCAGGCAAGUGGGACGUUGUCAUACCAAAGGUUCGACAAAUGAAUGAAGCCGAAAUGUUUAGGGUAAUGAAAUCGGGUAAGCGUAAGAAGAAGCAGUGGAAGCGUAUGGUCGAUAAGAUAUGUUUCAUUCCGGAAGAUUACACGCGCAAACCGCCAAAGUAUGAAAAGUACAUCCGUCCUACGGGGUUGCGCUUCAAAAAGGCACAUGUUACACAUCCCGAGCUAAAGACUACUUUCUUCUUGGAUAUAAUAUCCGUAAAGAAAAAUCCCCAGUCCAAUCUCUACACGAGCUUGGGUGUAAUCACUAAGGGUACCAUUAUAGAGGUUAACGUCAGUGAAUUGGGUCUUGUGACUCAAACCGGUAAGGUUGUUUGGGCAAAAUAUGCACAAGUUACCAACAACCCGGAAAAUGACGGGUGUAUUAACGCAGUACUGCUAGUUUAG